UACUCGCUCGUCAACUACCUGUAGAAUCUGUAUUUAACCCUUCUUACAGAGUGCAUAGUGUUAGUUUCAUGUGAGGUGUUCAGAAGAGCAGGAGAUAUCAAAUUUACCAGAAAUCAAGUUGUUUUCGCAUACGUUAUAUUAGCAUUCAAAUUAUUUGAUAAUGAACGUGCUUUCUAGUCGACCACAUGUUUCGAAGGUACAGAAGGAGUAUCUAUUCGAAUAUCUCCAGAAUAAUCCAAAAUUGACGAAUCCUAAAUUUUCUUCCUUAUUUACAAUUAAAGAUGCUCAAAUGGAGUGGCGAGCACUCGCGAGUGCCCUCAACCGUUUACCAGGCAGUAUUAAAAACUGGAAGCAGUGGAGAAAGACUUGGCAGGAUAUGAAAUCCAAAGUCAAAAUGAAAUACACGAACCAUGAGGAAUUACAGUCUAAAGAAGAAAAGUUAAUUUUCAGAAUAUCUAAUGGUUUUAAUGGAAAUGACCAGCCUUUAAUAAAUGAGGAAAUCUCAGAUUCAGAAGAAGAUGACAAUAGCAUCGAUAUUAAUGAAAUCACCAAGUUGGAUAAUAAUGAUCAUAAACAAGAAAUCAGUCCAAAUGAAAAUGAUCCGGAAACUAUUAUCCUAUACGUAAUAUCAAGUGAUGAAGAACAAGAUGAUCCUAAUAGUAAUCAAGAAGUGAGGGCCGAUUGCUCUUCAGCUUAUGAUAAUGAAAUCAUUAUUGUCGGUGAUACUGACGUCCAGAAAAUAGACGGUCUACCUCACGUCCACAAAAUAGAAGAUUUGCCUCACGUCCACAAAAUAGAAGAUCUACCUCACGUUCACAAAAUAGAAGGUCUACCUCACGUCCACAAAAUAGAAAAUCUGCCUCACGUCCACAAAAUGGAAGAUCUGCAAAAUCCUGAUGAGGAAAAAAAGAAGACCACAGUAUCUUAUUACGAAAAGAAAUUGUCUUGCUUGAAUAGGAUAGCAAAGGCCAAAGAAAGAUCAUCCCGGUCAAAAGCUCGUAUUGCAAAAGCACUGGAGAAAAUUAUUGCAUCAUCGGGGGAUUCUUUUAUAUGAAAUGAUUUUAUCAAUAAAAUGAUCUACAUUAACUUCUUGUAAUAUAUGUAGCUUUAACCU